UGUUUGUUUUUCCAGAAUGGGCCCACCUUUUGAUAUGAAUGUUUCACAGAGGAGUGGGUCUCAAAGCCCUGUGAAAAAACAUAGUAUGAAUGGCACUGUAAAGAAUGAUAUCAAAGCAAGUCCUAAAUGUAGGGAAAAGGACACUGUUAGUUCCACAGAGAUCACUAAAAGCAUUCAGAAGAACACUAAAACCAGGUCACCAUCACAGCAUAGCCUAUCACCAAAUAAAGUAAGCAUGUCUUCUUUAUCCAACCUUUCUCCAAGAACCUCAGUAUCCACUGAUGAUAUUUGUUCUGCUUCUAAAUCUAAGAAUGACCAGAACCAAACAGACAGAAAAUACUCAGAAUCUCUCAAGGCCACCAUUUCAGAUCAUAAAAUCAACAAACUAUCUGAUAUUCCUUCUGGAAAAACACAUGAUGAAACCUCAACUGAAAUGGAAACUGUUUUAGCCAAACCUUCCGAAAUAAAGGAUGUUACUGAUUUGAAUAAACCAGACAUCAGACCCAUAGAAAGUUGUCAAGAAAACCCUUCUGGUGAAGAAAAGCAAGAUACCAAUACUUCUCUGAAUGGGCAGCAGGCCCAAACUAAUCUUAAUGGGUGGAGCAAUCAGUCAGCGACAUCUGUGAAUAGCUUAUAUCCACCUUAUCCAGGAUCAUCUAAUCCCUGGCAGCACUCCCCAUACUUAUGGUAUCAGCCUGGCACUCAAGCAUUUCCUGGAGUACCUUAUGAUGCACAGAAUACUAAUCUUUAUAACCAAGCAUCUGCAUAUCCAAUGUUAGCUUCUUACUCAAACUACAUGGGCCAGGUUCAACCACAGGGGUAUCCAGCCUCUGGUCCUUUUGGUGCUGCUGUGCCAUACAAUUACAGUGCUCCAUCCUCAACGUCAAGUCAGAAUGGCGUGCCAAAUCCAUAUUCGUACACUUCCACCAUGAUGGCUGGUGGCUGGUCAUGGAAUACUUGGCAGUAAUAGGAAGGAAGAAGACGUGAUACAAUGGACUAACAAUAUUCUACAAGUAACGUGUGGAUUUUCAUGUACAAGAGCACAGUUUGCCUGCUGUAGUUUUGAAAGCCCUGUUAAAUCACCAUGCCAAAUAUUCUAGAAGCUUCACUGAAGCUAACAAUUAAAAUAUUGAUACUGUUUCAAGUUAUUUAUUUUUGUAUCUUUUAACUGUAGUGUUGGCUAUUGACCCAGUAUUUCCUUUUUUACAAGCAAACUUAUUUUUGUAUAUUUUGCAAUUUUUUAUACUAAAAGUUUUCUCAGGGUAUUGCGAUAGAGUUGUGUCUGUGUCACUAAGUGACCAGUUUAUAUAACAGACAUAUUUUAUAUUUUUUCUACAUUUUAACUUUUUAUAGACAAAUAUUGCCCCCUUCCCAGUGAUAAUCUGUGUUUUAUUCAGUUGAUAUUGUGGUGAUUUUCAAAUUACUGUUACAUUUGUAUUUUGUAUAGCAACAUUAAACGUUUUGGUCAGUUUUUAGACUAUUUAUAACAAUCUGUAGCAUGCCAAGUAUGAGCUGAAAUAAACUCCAGGUAUGAUUCUAAUUUAAUACACUGGUCCAGCCUUGACCAACGUAAGUAUACAAGUUGCUUACCUGGUGGAACGUUUUAGAAGCUAAAAAUUGCUGCAGUAUUUGGCGCUACUACAGUGAUCACCGCUAUCUUCUGGGCCCUGUGCUGUGUGGCAAAACUUCUGCACGCAGGCCACAGUGGGUUACUUGCUAUGCACUGCAACCAUUCACCAUUGUAUUUUUGCAAGGCGUUCUCCGAUUGGAUAAGAGAAUGCCCUGAAUUCACUGAAAACAUACAAGGUAUUCUGUGAAUGGCAGCGGGCGAUGCAAGCAACCCUCUGCCACAGGACUCAGAAGACAUGACAAUCACUGUAGAAGCACUGCCUAUUACAGUGAUUUUCAGCAUCCACAGUGGCCCCUUGGGUAUGAAAUAUGCACAAUUACAUUGGCCCAAGUUGCACCAAUAUAUUUAUGCAAUUAAAGUGGUUCUAAAGGCUCAAGGUUUUUUACCAUUAUGCAUUCUAUGUAUGAAGGUAAAAAAUCUUAUGUGUGCUGCAGCCCCCUAAUACUUACCUGAGCCCCAUUGCGAUUCAGCAAUGUGCACGAGAGCGUCAGCUCUCUGGAGACUCUCCCUCCUAGUUGGCUGAGCAGCAGCAUGAACCAUUGGCUGUCAGUCACAGCCGAUGAGGAGAGAGAAGGGGGUGGGGCCAAGCCGAAAGCAAGCCUACUUGGGUGCCCCCACAGCAAGCAGUUUGCUCUGGGGGCAGGAGAGAGGGGUCAGGAGCUCCAGCAGGGCCCUCCUAAAAGAGAACGAUUAAGACUGUUCUGUGCAAAACCACUGCACAGAACAGGAAAGUAUGACAUGUUUUUUUUUUUUUAGUUUUGCCUUUA